UCGGUGCGUGUGCGCGCGUAAGAAAGAAAGAGAGACAGAGAGACAUUUGUUUAAUAUAAAAACAUGCUUUGUGGACGAAUACAAAGUUUUCAAGGACCUUAAGCUUAAAGCACAGUUUAAAUCAGGCGUAUUUUAGUGCUGACUAAUUACUAUCACGUAAAAAUAACACAGAAUAAAUAAAUAACAAUUAGCUACUAAUACCGCUCCAAUUAUUCGUUAAUUUUUUUAAAUUAAAUGAUAAUUAAAAUGCAAUCUUGAUCGCGUUAAUCGAUGUACCCCUUUGAGAGAUUUUCGCGCCUUUUAUCAAACCAACGGUCAAAAUGCUCGUCUGUGGCUACUUGUGAACUCUUUCCCAUUCGCGAGCCCUAUUGGUCGCGUACUCGAAAUUUUUGCGAUAUUCAGUACUAGCCUUCAUGUGUUAGUUUUGUUUAUUUUUUUAUUUUGCAAAUAAACGAAUUGCCUGUAUACUCAUUUGAGUUCCAGAAACCUUUCAAUACGGGUUUCCCCGUAGGCGUUACAGAAAUGAUUAUAAAAAUAAAAACAUAAAAGUCCAGGUCCAGGUGAGGUAAAGCAGAAAUAGCGUUUUAAUGUUUCAAGGACCCUCGUGUGUAAGAGUUUUCCAGUGAUGAUCCUCUAUACCUGCGGCUCAAUCUCAGGUUUCAUUCAAGACGUUUAUGCGUCAGCAACAGCUGUCCUUGAGCUCGCGCUGGCCCCGGAGAGACAGACUUCAGCUGGAAGGAAGACCAAAGACUGAGGGUUUUGUGGAAAUACUUACCUCACUGUGACAGGAGCUUGGUGUAGAGAUUCCCCAUUGAGGUGGUAUCUCUUCGCAAUGCCAAUAUGGCAAGCCUGCUCCCUCCCACAGGCAACUAUGUCUUCCACCGAUUCACCCCAGAGUCGCUGGUGGAAAUCGACAGGCUCAUCCAGGAGAGGAGCACCAGGGAGGAUGUAGAGGGGGUUGAGGAGGAACCACGGGCCCCAAGCAGUGAUUUAGAGGCAGGAAAAUGCCUGCCAAUGAUCUAUGGUGACCCACCAGUGGAUCUCCUCAACACUCCUCUGGAGGACAUAGACCCCUUCUAUAAAACACAGAAGACUUUUAUUGUCAUAAGUAAGGGAAACACAAUCUACAGGUUCACUGCUGAACCAGCGCUAUUUUGUGUCAGUCCUUUUAGCCUCGUCAGAAGAGGAGCCAUCAAAAUUCUUAUACAUUCAUAUUUUAGUAUGCUCAUCAUGAUCACCAUCCUGUCCAACUGCGUGUUCAUGACAAUGAGUAACCCUCCAGCCUGGAGUAAAACUGUCGAGUAUGUAUUUACUGGUAUAUAUACCUUUGAAGCAACAAUCAAAGUUUUGUCUCGAGGCUUCUGCAUCGGACCUUUCACAUUCCUCCGUGAUCCAUGGAACUGGCUUGAUUUCAUGGUGAUCAGCAUGGCGUACAUCACAGAGUUUGUAGACCUUGGUAAUGUGUCAGCACUGAGGACAUUUCGUGUGCUUCGAGCUCUCAAAACAAUCACAGUUAUUCCUGGUUUGAAAACCAUUGUCGGGGCUUUGAUUCAGUCUGUCAAGAAGAUGAUAGAUGUCAUGAUUUUGACUCUUUUUGCACUGGCUGUAUUUGCCCUCAUUGGCCUGCAGCUGUUCAUGGGAAAUCUGCGGCACAAGUGCAUCCGUUGGCCCAUUCUCAACAGCACCAUCUUUGAUGACAACUCCACCAUGGUCAAUGAGACCACCCUCAACAUCACAGAUACUUUCGAUUUCAAAGCAUACAUAGACAAUGAAGAAAACCAAUACUUUCUGGAAGGAAGUUUAGAUGCUUUGUUAUGUGGUAACAGCUCUGAUGCUGGGAGGUGCCCAGAAGGUUUCACAUGUAUGAAGGCUGGACGAAACCCGAACUAUGGCUACACCAGCUAUGACAACUUUGGCUGGGCAUUUCUCGCACUCUUCAGACUCAUGACUCAGGACUAUUGGGAGAAUCUCUUUCAGUUGACCCUCCGUGCCGCUGGGAAGACCUACAUGAUCUUCUUUGUGGUGAUCAUAUUCCUGGGCUCUUUCUACCUCAUCAACCUGAUUUUGGCUGUGGUUGCGAUGGCAUACGAUGAGCAGAACGAAGCCACCUUGGCUGAAGCUCGUGAGAAAGAAGAGGAAUUUCAAAGAUUACUUGAGCAACUCAGGAACCAAGAGCAAGAGGCAGGCAGUAAAGCAUCUUUGGCCAGCCAGGCGACACAAAGUCGAGGGUCAAACAGGACAGGUUCGCUGCACAGUCUUGGCGGUGAUGACGUUAUAAAGGACUGUAACGGCCGAAUAGUGCCUCGCCUCAUUGUCAACAGAGCCUCAUCUAACAAAGAGCUAUCAGCUGAAGAAGAUCACAAGUCCAUGAGCUCCAAACACAGCAUGCAGUACCUGGACCAGCCCAAACUCUCCAAGAGAACAGCUAGUGCUAUCAGUGUGCUCACUGCAACUGUGGAGGAGUUGGAAGAUGCUCAGAGGCCUUGUCCCCCUGGCUGGUAUAAGUUUGCUGAUAUUUUCCUUAAAUGGGACUGCUGCACUUCCUGGAUCAUAUUUAAGAAAUGGGUUCAUUUUGUAGUAAUGGACCCAUUUGUGGAUUUAGGUAUCACCAUCUGCAUUGUGCUCAACACACUUUUUAUGGCCAUGGAGCACUACCCCAUGAGUCCGGAUUUUGAACAUGUCCUCUCAGUGGGAAACCUGGUAUUUACAGGAAUCUUCACAGCUGAAAUGGUGUUCAAGCUCAUUGCUAUGGACCCCUACUACUACUUCCAGGUGGGCUGGAACAUUUUUGACAGUAUCAUUGUCACACUCAGCCUGGUAGAGCUGGGACUGGCCAAUGUACAAGGACUGUCUGUUCUCAGGUCCUUUCGUUUGCUACGUGUCUUCAAACUGGCUAAAUCCUGGCCCACCCUUAACAUGCUGAUCAAGAUCAUCGGCAACUCAGUAGGAGCCCUGGGGAACCUAACACUUGUCCUGGCCAUCAUCGUCUUCAUCUUUGCCGUGGUGGGCAUGCAGCUUUUUGGGAAGAGUUACAAGGACUGCGUUUGUAAGAUUUCUGAAGACUGCGAGCUGCCCCGCUGGCACAUGAAUGACUUCUUCCAUUCUUUCCUCAUUGUCUUUCGGAUCUUGUGUGGAGAGUGGAUUGAGACCAUGUGGGACUGCAUGGAGGUGGCAGGAGCGAGCAUGUGCCUGAUAGUCUUCAUGAUGGUCAUGGUCAUUGGAAACCUUGUGGUACUGAACCUGUUCCUGGCUCUGCUGCUCAGCUCCUUCAGUGGAGAUAACCUGUCUGGAGGUGAUGAUGAUGGUGAGAUGAACAACCUUCAGAUCGCCAUCGGUCGCAUCACCAGGGGUAUAAAUUGGCUCAAGGCCUUCAUCGGCAGUAUAUUGCGCCAGAUUCUAGUAAAGAAAGCUCCUGACAAUAAUGAAGGAGGAGGGGAAGGAGACCUAGAACUGUGCGCUAUAAACCACCUGGAUGAGGGAAAAAUGGCAGAUGGCUUGGUCAACUGUUUGCCUUCAACACUGACUGUACCUAUUGCUCGUUGUGAGUCUGAUGUUGAAGAGGACGAGGACUCUGAUGAUUCUUCUGAUGAGGAGGAUGAAAAGGCCGCUCUUAAUAAUGAAGACUCCUCAGUUUGUAGCACAGUGGACUACCGACCUCCAGAACCUGAGCCUGAGCCUGAAGAGGAAGAAGAACCAGAGCCUGAAGAACCAGAGUCCUGUUUCACAGAGGGUUGUGUAAAGCGAUUUACAUAUUUGAAUGUAGACAUCACAGAAGGAUGGGGGAAAAGGUGGUGGAACCUUCGAAGAACUUGCUUCACCAUCGUUGAGCACGACUACUUUGAAACCUUCAUCAUCUUUAUGAUCCUCCUUAGUAGUGGAGCACUGGCUUUUGAGGAUAUUAAUAUUGAGCGCCGCAGAGUGAUCAAAAUUAUCCUGGAGUAUGCUGAUAAAGUCUUUACAUACAUCUUCAUAGUGGAGAUGUUACUAAAGUGGGUGGCAUAUGGGUUCAAGACUUACUUCACUAAUGCAUGGUGCUGGCUGGACUUCCUCAUUGUGGAUGUGUCGCUAGUCAGUUUAACAGCUAAUUUAUUGGGAUAUUCUGAGCUGGGAGCAAUCAAAUCUCUCAGAACACUCAGGGCUCUUCGACCCCUUCGAGCCCUGUCGAGAUUUGAAGGAAUGAGGGUGGUAGUAAAUGCAUUGGUUGGUGCCAUACCCUCUAUUUUCAAUGUGCUUCUGGUGUGUCUGAUAUUCUGGCUCAUCUUCAGCAUUAUGGGAGUCAAUUUGUUUGCUGGAAAGUUCUACCACUGCAUCAACACCACCACAGAAGAACGCAUCCCCAUGGAUGUGGUCAACAACAAGAGUGACUGCAUGGCUCUGAUGCACACCAAUGAGGCGCGCUGGGUCAAUGUGAAGGUCAACUAUGACAAUGUGGGACUCGGCUACCUCUCUCUACUGCAAAUUGCCACAUUUAAAGGCUGGAUGGACAUCAUGUAUGCUGCAGUGGAUUCUAGAGAGGUUGAAGAGCAGCCAUCAUAUGAGAUCAACCUUUACAUGUACCUGUAUUUUGUUAUUUUCAUCAUUUUUGGAUCCUUUUUCACUCUCAACCUCUUCAUUGGUGUCAUCAUUGACAACUUCAAUCAGCAGAAGUCCAAGUUUGGAGGGAAAGACAUUUUCAUGACAGAGGAGCAAAAAAAGUACUACAAUGCCAUGAAGAAGUUGGGUUCCAAAAAACCUGCGAAACCUAUCCCUAGGCCAUCGAAUGAGAUCCAGGGUGUGGUGUUUGACUUCAUCACAAAACAGUUCUUUGACAUCUUUAUCAUGGUGCUUAUCUGUCUCAAUAUGGUGACCAUGAUGAUAGAGACAGAUGACCAGAGUGUGGAGAAAGAGGAUAUUCUGUACCAGAUCAAUUUGUUCUUCAUCGUCAUCUUCACAGGAGAAUGCGUACUGAAGAUGUUUGCACUCAGACAUUACUUUUUCACUAUUGGCUGGAACGUCUUUGAUUUUGUUGUGGUCAUCCUUUCUGUAGCAGGUCUGAUGUUAUCAGACAUCAUUGAGAAGUACUUUGUGUCUCCCACUUUGUUCCGUGUCAUCCGGCUCGCCAGAAUUGGUCGCGUGCUGCGUCUCAUCAAAGGGGCGAAAGGCAUUAGGACUCUUUUGUUUGCCUUGAUGAUGUCACUUCCUGCCCUUUUCAACAUCGGACUGCUUCUGUUCCUCAUUAUGUUCAUCUUCUCCAUCUUUGCCAUGUCUAACUUUGCCUAUGUAAAAAAACAGGCAGGCAUCGAUGAUAUCUUCAACUUUGAAACAUUUGGCGGCAGCAUCAUCUGCCUGUUUGAGAUCACAACCUCGGCAGGAUGGGAUGGCCUCCUGCUGCCCAUUAUGAACAGUGGCCCUCCAGACUGUGAUCCUGACAUGGAGAACCCUGGUACAGACAUUCGGGGUAACUGUGGGAAUCCUGGCAUGGGUAUCAUGUUUUUCUGCAGUUAUAUCAUCAUGUCAUUCCUGGUGGUCGUGAACAUGUACAUUGCUAUCAUUCUUGAGAACUUCAACGUUGCUCAAGAGGAGAGUGGAGACCUGCUUUGUGAGGAUGAUUUUGAGAUGUUCGACGAGACAUGGGAGAAGUUUGACGCCGAUGGUACACAGUUCAUUGAGUACAGCCGCUUGUUUGACUUCGUCGAUGCCCUGCAGGAGCCUUUGCGAAUUGCCAAACCCAACCGCCUCAAACUAAUCACCAUGGAUCUACCCCUUGUAACCGAUGACAAAGUCCACUGUCUGGAUGUUCUCUUAGCGGUUACCCGUGAGGUUCUUGGCGACACGAUUGAGAUGGCGGCAAUGAAGGAAAGCAUUGAAGCCAAGUUCACAAUGAACAAUCCCACAUCUGCCUCCUUUGAGCCAAUCACCACCACUCUCAGAAGGAAAGAGGAAGAGCGUGCAGCCAUUGCGGUUCAACGAACAUACCGUAGACACCUCCUCAAACGUGCUAUCCGGUAUGCGUGCUUUAUGCAUCGUUCAAAGAGGAAAGUCAGGAGUCAAAACGAUGAAGAACCUCCUGAAACCGAAGGGUUAAUUGCAAGGAAAAUCGAUGCCCUAUAUGGAAGCAAUCCAGAACUCGCCAUGGCUCUCGAGCUGCAGGCUAGGCCAAUGCCACCUAAUGCACAGCCACCCAAGCCCACCUCCGUCACUCAGCACAGAGUAGCAGUAACCUACCCUCGACCACAGGGACAACUCAUACUUCCAGUGGAGCUCAUGAAUGAGGUGAUCCUCCGGUCUGCACCCACGACGCGUGGCCCCUGCAGUUCAGAGAUUGCAACAAUUAAAGAGUCAAUUGUAUAACUAGUGGACAAUGCCCGUGGACUGAGAUAAUCCUUGUGAUAUAACCUACUGAACAACGUAUGAUCCAAAAACAAGAUGGCUUAAAGGAUUACACAGGACUGCUACGGUGUGACAGCACUGAAAUGCUAUUUCUUGGGAGAACAGUUUUUUUAUUAUGUAAACUUUUGUAAAAACCUGUUUCAUUUAGGAUUCAUUUGAUUUUAUCCCAGUUAGAAUGUUCCAGUAUAUUUGUCAUAACUUAGCCAGGUUCUUUUGCCCUAAUACGUAUAUACUGUAUGUUUGCGGUUGCGCAAUUAGAGUCAUUUAAUAUUUUUUCCCUGUUGUAGCGCCACCAAGUGGCUAAGUGCUGCAGUUUUUUUCACAUGACCUCGGACUGUAACCAUACACAGAUGUGCCAAGUUUGGUGAAAAUAUCUCAUUCCAUUCAAGAUUUAGUGAAAAUGGCCUCACCCACUUAGAAGUUUUUGCGGCUGUUGCAGCAAUGAAUUUAAAGUUCAGCCUUUUGGAAAUAAUUUGUAAUAUUCAGUAUUCAGAGAAUCUUAAGACACUUGUUUGGUUUCUUUUGGGUGAAAAACCUGGGACUAGUUUGCAAAAGUGUGUUUUGCAAAAGAAAGGGAAAAAAUACUAUAUGGAGAAACAUUUCUCAUGGUAAAAAAAAUUCGUAAUUUUAACGUAGUUGUUUUCCUGCUGUAUGUGAAUACAGUAUGUGGUUACAAUAGCUGCAUUUCCAUUACAGAUUUGCGCAAAACUUUGGCGAUAUUUUAUAAAUGUCGAGAAAAAAUGUUUAGCGAAAUGACAGUGUUUCUAAUAACAAAUGUUAUGCGACAAAAAUGUGGUCUUUUACAAUGGAAGUCACGGCGACAGAUUUUUGUGAGAUUUGACAGAUUUUGUAUAUAUUUAUUCAAAGGAGGCAUAUGCGUGUAUCUUUACAGAAGCAGCACGGGGAGAUACUUAAGAAGCGUGUGUGCCGUGGCUAGAAUAAAUACAAUCAUCGACUAGAGUUUGCAAUCAGCUUCAGUGGCCUUGUCAAAGCCGCACUGCACUGCAGACGAGUGCAGGUUAAACUGUCCUAGCAUUAAUGGCAGGAAUAGCCCCUUACACUCCAGAGCAACACAUAUUAAGUGUUUUUUGGAGCUUAUAGUACAUUGAAAGAAUGAUCAUAUGACUUUUUUCAUAUGCCAUGUGACCUGUAAAUGCGAAAAAAAAAAAAAAAAAAAAAUUUCCAAAAAAACAAACAGUUUUUGCAAAUUAUACACUUUAAUUGAAUUUAAAAGGUAAUUAAAAUACAGCUAAUGGUACAUUUCUUUGGCUUGUUUAAAGCACAGAUUUUUUUCAACAAGCUUCAAUUUUCGAAACAUUUCAAACAAUUCACUACAGUAUUUGAUAAACACUUAUUUUUUUUAAAGCACUACUGAAUUGUAAAACCUAACAAGAAUUCAGAUUUUUAGCUGCACAGAUCUCUGAACUAUUAGGAAUAAAAACAAUUGGUACUGACCAUCGCUCUAACAUGUCUUCUCAAUCUGUCCAGGGUCUGUUUAGUCUACUGAACUAUUUAUAAUCUCACUUCAUGGCUUACCAGUUUACAGCAGAAUGGUGGAAUGAGCAGAACUGAAACUGAUCCUUUACAGUGGAUUGUACAGAGUCACUUUCAGCAGAAUGUGCCAAUGUGAAAAACAUAUAGAGUGCGUUUGUGGUCCCCAUUCACUGUACUAUACAUUUUUAACAAUAAUUUUGCAAUUGAUAUAAUUAGUAAAAGCAUUGUGUAAUUGUAGCAAUUUCUUUUAAUGCCCUAGUGAGAUGAUUUGACUAGUAUGUUGGAAGCCUGAAAAGUUAAUGCAGUUCUUAUUCAGAAGUUAUUUCAGAAGUUGAAAUGUACUUAGAAUAACCCAAUUCAUUUAACUGUAUUUAACACACAGACAGCACAGCACUAAUAAGCUGAUGUGAAUCGAUUCCCUUGUUUAGAAAAAGAGCCCAAAUCCAGUCGAUUCUUAUCUAAUUUAUAUCUAGCUGAAAUUCAUUGUUAUUACAGGAGACAUGGUUGUGAUGUUUACACCUUCCUUUGAAUUCCUUUCAUUAAAUUUAAAAUGUUAAAUUUGCCAUUUUAAAGCAUUAUCAAGUCAAUAAUCCCCAAAGUGUAUUCAGUGUCAUAGCUAAGUUGUAUGUAUUAGAGACAUUUAAUGAUGGAUUUCCUCUGAAGUCUUAAUGUGACUGCAAAUGUCUUAUUUCUUUAAACUCAUAAAUGAAGCACUUUGAGAUAUUUAUAUUUACCUCGUGUAUAGUUUUUAGAUUUGGUCUCUUAUUACCAGAAAACAUUAGUUUAUUGUAUGUUAAAAUGAGAAUUACUUUUGUUGAGAGAAAAAAAAACUCAUCAGCUUGUAUGUAAUCUGUGUACUUUUGGUUUCAUAUUGAUAUUGUUAAUAUGCAAAUAAUUUUCUAUUGUUUACAUUUUUAUCAAGGAGAGAGACAUUGCAGUGCUUUAGGAUUUGCUCGCCUCAAAUUGCCUGUAUAUAUACUUUGCGGAUAGAAGCGUCUUUCUCAGAUGCUUUUCUUUGUAUCAUCACUUGACAACAUUUAAUUCAAUGUGCAUUUAAAAUGUUCAUAGAAUAAAUUUGAUAAGAUAAA